CACACUCUCUGCCCUCUUCCCCCACCCCCACUGCUGCUGCUGCUGCCACCAGACAGAGAGAGAGAGAGGAGCAGUAUACACCCAGGGGCUUAGCGCUGUUUGAUGAUUUCCGUGAUAAGACCACUCCGUGCCACGGGAUCUUAAUCUCCUACCAGCGGCUAACGACCAUUUUGUGAUCGUCGAACCUCCGCCAGUCGCCUCUGGAGGUGGGAGAUGCUGUCACCAUGUUUAUGAUGAAAUUGACCAUUUGGACCAGUCAAUGAGAGGUACUGAAGCUCAUCCAUCACUUCAAGACAUCGAUAGAACCGGAGAGUAAAGGAUUUUAUAGUCGCAAGACUUGCCCUACAAUUUUAGGGUUUACAUGAGCAUUUCUCUCAGAGACAUGCAGUAACAUCAUUGUGGAACUGAAAAAUAGUGAAGAAUUUCAAAGUUCUUACAGCAACAGUGUCCCGCUAGGAAACCUGCUGAGGAGAAUUCAAACAGCGGUGUGGCUUGUUUUUAACAGUGAGAUCAAUUGUGAUUUAUGCAGACAAAACUAUGUACAUAUAACUGAGGUGUCCUUCACAAGAGGUCUAUUUUCCUGUCAGCACAAUGGACGACAGAUUUGCGAAUAAUUCAAACUUCUUUCAAGGAGCCAAGGAUAUUGCCUAUGAGGCGAAGAGGCAUGGUAGGAUGCAAGACUCUUAUAGACGGUACGAAGGUGGUGGGGAACAUGCCUCACAAGAUGGGGGAUAUUACCACAGUGAUGAUCCCCAUGCUCAGGAAGAUGCUGACAGUGAUGCCACAGAAGGGCAUGACGAAGAUGAUGAAAUCUAUGAGGGGGAAUACCAGGGGAUCCCACAUCCAGAUGAUAUUAAGGCUAAUCGGAUGGCAGCAACACAACCCAUUUCUGAUGAGUACAGGGACCAAGCAGAUCUCAUUGCUGAACGUAUGAAGGAUGAGGAGCAGUUGGCACACCAGUACGAGUCAAUCAUUGAGGAGUGCGGACAUGGACGCUUCCAGUGGACACUCUUCUUUGUCUUAGGCUUAGCGCUGAUGGCUGAUGGAGUCGAAGUGUUUGUGGUCGGCUUUGUACUUCCUGUUGCCGAAAGGGACAUGUGCAUGUCUAAUUCCAACAAAGGAAUGCUGGGCUUGAUAGUAUACUUGGGAAUGAUGGUAGGAGCCUUUGUCUGGGGUGGUCUGGCAGACAAAAUGGGCAGAAGAUAUUGUCUGAUGAUUGCCCUCAGCAUCAAUGGAGUCUUUAUCAUCUUUUCAUCAUUUGUCCAGGGCUAUGGUAUAUUCCUGUUCUGCCGACUACUUUCAGGAGCUGGUAUCGGCGGCUCCAUCCCCAUUGUUUUCUCCUAUUUCUCGGAAUUCCUGGCUCGGGAGAAGCGAGGGGAGCAUCUCAGCUGGCUCUGCAUGUUCUGGAUGGUGGGUGGGAUUUACGCAUCAGUGAUGGCCUGGAGCAUCAUCCCACACUACGGUUGGGGUUUCAGCAUGGGCACCUCGUUUCAGUUCCACAGCUGGCGGCUGUUUGUGGUGGUAUGUGCCCUACCCUGCCUGUCUUCCCUGAUCGGCCUUCUCUUUGUGCCAGAAAGCCCACGCUACUUACUAGAGAUUGGGAAGCACGAUGAAGCCUGGAUGAUUCUAAAGCAGAUUUAUGAUACGAACAUGAGGGCCAGAGGGCACCCGGAAGCUGUCUUCACGGUUUCCCACAUAAAGACCCCGAUACAAAUGGAUGAAUUCAUCGAGAUUCAGAGCUCAACAGGAACCUGGUUCCAGCGUUGGUUGGUCAGGAUCAUGACUGUGGUAAAGCAGGUUUGGCAGAAUAUGUUGCUUUGUUUUACACCUAAGUACAGGAUGACAACUCUGUUCCUCGCAGUGGUUUGGUUCACCUUAUCGUUCAGCUACUAUGGACUGACAGUGUGGUUCCCGGACAUGAUCAAGUACUUUCAAAAUGAAGAGUAUGAAUCCAAAAUGAAGACAUUUCAUCAGGAGAGAGUUGAAGACUUCACGUUUAACUUCACACUGGAGAACCAGCUGCAUACAGAAGGAGAGUACAUCAAUGUCAGAUUCAUUGGGAUUAAAUUUAAAUCUGUGACCUUUGAAGACUCCUUGUUUGAGGAAUGCUACUUUGAAGACAUUACAUCGACGAACACACACUUUAGGAACUGCACUUUCAUAGCGACUCUCUUCUAUAACACAGAUCUGUUCAAGACGCGAUUCGCUCACAGCAGAUUUAUAAACAGCACGUUCCUCCACAAUAAGGAAGGCUGCCAGAUCGAUUUCAGUGAUGAUGCUGAAACUGCAUUUCUUACUUACCUGGUCAGUUUCCUGGGCUCUUUGGCUGUGUUGCCGGGAAACAUUGUGUCUGCACUCUUUAUGGAUAAAAUCGGAAGGAUUAAGAUGAUUGGUGGAUCCAUGCUGUUGUCGACCAUUACUUGCUUCUUCCUGUUUUUUGGCAACAGUGAGUCAGCCAUGAUUGGAAUGCAGUGUCUGUUCUGUGGUGUCAGUAUAGCAGCCUGGAAUGCAUUGGAUGUGAUCACAGUGGAACUCUAUUCCACAGAUAAAAGGGCAACUGCAUUUGGAAUUCUGAAUGGACUGUCCAAGUUUGCUGCCAUACUUGGUAUAUCAAUAUUUGCCUCAUUUGUGGAGAUAACAAAGGUGGUUCCUGUCCUGCUGGCUUCCAUUGCAUUAGUAGGAGGUGCCCUGCUUGGUCUCCGACUUCCUGAAACCCGGGAGCAGGUUCUGAUGUGAUGGGCUCUCCAAGCACUUCUGGACUCACAGUAAUACGCACAGCUGCUAACCACUGUCCUUAUAGCCUAAAACAUCCACUCUACCAUCUGUGCUUUCUGUGACUGGACUCACUUGUGCUCUGUGUACCCACACCAAGCUUUCACAUAGCUAGUUACCACCUACUUUCAGAAAUUGUUCUGUGCACCUACCCCACAGGCUGAGAUGGGGAAAGUUGGAAACUAUUGGAAGUGUUCUCAUUUGCGCACUGCAAUUUCCUGGUAACUUGCUGUUGUAGAUCUUCUGCUAACCAUACAUACUUCCUUAUAAUUGGGUAUUCUCUCUAUAAAAAGUCCGAUACCAACUUUUAGGAAAUUUCAUCCGGGCUACUUCAUGCUAAUUUUGUAAGGUUUUGCUGGGGAGCUUCCUGAAUCUGGUGCAAACUAUGAACUAGCACCAUCACUAUCGCGAUUGUGCUAUUAUUGACUUUGGUGAAAUAGUUCUUGUACAUUUAAAAGGGCCGCGUUCAAUCAACGUUCUGACUGUUCUCUCCUGAUUUCAGCUUCAGCAAAGCUGUAUUAAUGGGAACUUCUUGUCUCAGCAUGAUGGGUGGACUGAAGCUUGAAGAAUUGUCAAAUUGCCUGUAAUUCACAGGGUCAAAGGUAAUUUAUUACUCCCCUUGCUCCAGUUGCCAUACGAAGGGUAAUCAGUGUUAGCAUGGUUCAGUUGAAAGCAAUUUUAGCUGGGGGGUUAAAACACAUACAGAAUGCUCUCCUUUGAAAGAAACCUUAUUCCAGAUCUUUGUCUACUUCUCAAGUAGAAAUGUUGCAUGGCAUCAACAGGGAAUUCUCCCCAUGUCCUCCGACUUCCAAAGCACUGAAGAAAAAACAGGUUUACUGGUCACUCAAAUCAAGGGGUCCAGUAGUGAUCUACCUAAGGCAGAUUCUCUGCUUAUUUCUCUGUGCCUCCAAUCUUUCCUGUUCAGUCACUGAUAAUUGCCUCCCAUUUUCAAUUUCAAUGGUCAAAACGAUGAGGGAAAGGAAUGUGUGAGGCGGUCUCCCCAUCGCCUUCUUCACGCGUAAGUAAAGAAAAGAAGAAUCCUCUUCAAAAAGCUUCCUCCACCUGGAAGCAGCUGCUGUUCCUAGCUCUUCCACCAUCACCAUUGAAAGUUCAUUGGUUCCACUGUUGGACCUAGCUCAGGAUCUUGAGCAUGAGAUCCUUACCUGAGCAUGGGUCAAUUCGAGAAGGGAAACGUUGAGACCUCAGUUGAUUCUGUUUAAUAUUGUUGAUUCAUGUACUGCAACAGAGGGCCUUUACAAAGGUAGCUGGGUAGCUCAGUGAGUUGGCUGGCUUGGUACUUCAGCUUGCAGAUCGGUCAUUAAUUGCAAUGAAAUCGAUGGAAUGCAGUUUUCCUUUGCCUGCUGUCUGUAUGAAAUGAGCUUGGCCGUGGGGUGUGGUAAACAUUGUGGUUAUAACACUAGACUAGUAAUCCAGAGGCUCCAACUCAUCUUUCAGAGGAUAUGGGUUCAAAUCCUAUAGAAAUUUAAAUUUGGUUUAAGAAUAUUUGGAGCUAAGAGAAACAAAGGGGUUGGUUCACAAAGAAAUCCUGACUUUCCACAGCACCCUUCACAACCUCAGGACUCCCAAGGAACAUGCUCGCCAGGUUUUGAAAACAGUCACUCUUGUAAUGUAGUAAAUGAUUAAGGGAAGGAAGACCAUCACUUUUACUCAGUCCAGCCCGUGACAAUAUGUGAAUCCAGUCCCAUGCCAAUGAAACAGCCCUCUGAGUGGCUCAAGGAAAUAAGCACACAGGUGCACAAAGGCAAGUAACUUUGGACAAGAAAUGUCAGUCUUGUCCAUAUCCUGGAAAUUAAUGUAUAAAAUAAAAAGACAAUGUUCCAGUGAACGUGUGUGCAGUAAGCCUGUAGAUGUGGUUCCGAACUGUCAUGAAGAAACAUCACUGAUGUUAACGGGGAAUGAAUGGAAUCACAUUGGCUUAGAGCACGGUUACUCUCCAUCUAACCUGCUGCAACAUGCUUCACCUUAAUGUGCAUGAAUCUGGUGACAAAAAAGAGAAUAACAUUUAGGCAGUUCUUAAGGCAGUUUUAGAAUCAACCUACUUAGCUUCUGCGAUGCAGAAAAUGGUACCCAUCGAUCCUAAAUGGAGGGACUAAGUAAUGGUAGCAAAAUAGAAAGGAGGUUAUAAUAUCCAAAAUGUGAGCAGUUUCAAAUUGUUUCUUUAAUCAAUUUAAUGUUGCAUGAAAUGUUGCAAUCUCAUUAUCAUUCAAUCAGUAGUUAGUAGAACCAGAGUAAGGCUGAAUGGCCUGCUUCUACAGUGUAACAAUUCUGUGAUUCUGAUAUUGAUCAGUACAUACUGCAUUAUUGCUCGAAGAGAUAUAAUGCGGCAUGAAACUAAUUUUUAAAACAUUUUUCAUGAUGUACACCCUAAGUGACUUACUCACCCAUUUUGGACUUGGCUGUGGGCAUGGAAUCACAUAUAGAUCAGGGCAGGUAAGGACAGCAGGUGAUUUCCUCCUAUAAAGGAUGUUCCUGAGCUGGUUGAUACUUUUAAAAUGAUGAUCGAUGGUGGUUUUGUACUCACCGUCAUCGUAACCAGCAAUGAUUCCAGAGUGAUCCAGUAAUAUUUUUUGUUACUCGUUUGAAACUGAAAUAGCACCAGCUACAUUUGAAACCUACAUCUCCAAAGCUUUGGUUCAUGUCUUUGGAUUGCUAGUCUAGUAAUAUUACCCAUCUCAACAAAUGAGCUAACAAUUUAGCAGACAGUGAAUGUGUGCUACAGCUAUGGGAUUACACUGUAACAUAACAUUAUUGACCUGAGACUAAACUAUUAUAACCCUUUCUGAAUCCAGACUGCAGGUAGAUUGUUCAAAUCCUCUACAAACAUGACCCACCCUUGCUCAGUAACAGGAGCUUGUCUGAAUGCAUUCUACAUGAAGGCCAAUAGUGAGUGCUGCAGAGGUACGAAUGCACGGUCUAAAAGUAGGAUGGCAGAGAGAGAGUCUGAGAAAGGUGGUUUUUGAAAGCUGUGUGGGCGGGAUGUUCUGUGGGGUUUGGAGUGGCAGGAGGAGCUCCAUUCGUAACGGGUCCAAGGGAUGAACAAGAAGUCUCUCAGGUUGUGUUGGACUUAGUGCCUUUGACUCCCUAGGGCAGGGAGCUGAGGAGGUUCCAGGUGAUUACAGCUGGUCUUAUAGCACAACUCCACAUUCCUACUUGCUUCCUCCAUCCUUCUUGAUAUUGACGGAGUCCAGCAAAGGUUCACCAGACUGAUUCCCGGGAUAGCAGGACUGACAUAUGAGGAAAGACUGG